AUGGACUCGGAGGAUGACCCCUUGCUGCAGGAUGUGUGGCUAGAGGAGGCGCAGGAAGAGGAGGAGGAAGCAGCGGGCGAGGCCUUUAGGAGGGCCCAGAAGCCAGGGCCCCAAGCUGGGGCAGGGGGGCAGUGUUGCUGGCGGCACUGGACCUUGCCCUCCCGACCCCCAGCGUCAGGCUUCUGGAAUACACUGGGCUGGGCCUUCACCAAUCCGUGCUGUGCGGGGCUGGUGCUCUUCCUCGGCUGCAGCAUCCCCAUGGCUCUUUCAGCCUUCAUGUUCCUCUACUACCCGCCGCUGGACAUUGACAUCUCCUACAAUGCCUUUGAGAUCCGCAACCAUGAGGCCUCCCAGCGUUUCGACGCCCUCGCGCUGGCGCUCAAAUCCCAGUUUGGGUCCUGGGGGCGCAACCGGCGCGACCUGGCCGACUUCACUUCUGAGACGCUCCAACGCCUCAUCACAGAGCAGUUGCAGCAGCUACAUCUAGGCAAUCGCUCGCGGCCGGCCGCCCGGGUCCCGUACCAAGUCCCUGCCGCGCUAGAGCUUGGCCCAGGACUGUGGGACACCUCCACCGCUCAGAAGCCAGCAGCCAAUCGGAGCGGGCGUCUUCGGCGAGAGACUCCACUCCUGGGGAGCCUGGCAGCCAACCAGAGUGAAGCCCAGGUGAACCAGGGGCUGGACAAGAAUGGGCAGCGCCAACCCAGCGCCCCUCCCCCCGUGGCGGCUGCGGCCAAUCAGAGCCGUGCCCGCCGAGGCACCUCGCGUUGGGACUACUCACACUCCUAUGUGAGCGCCAACACCCAGACGCACGCGCACUGGCGCAUCGAGCUCAUUUUCCUGGCGCGUGGCGAUGCAGAGCGCAACAUUUUCACGAGUGAGCGGCUGGUCACAAUCCACGAGAUUGAGCGCAAGAUCAUGGACCACCCGGGCUUCCGGGAGUUCUGCUGGAAGCCCCAUGAAGUGCUGAAAGACCUGCCGCUCGGCUCCUACUCUUACUGCUCUCCGCCCAGCUCGCUCAUGACCUACUUCUUCCCCACUGAGAGGGGUGGCAAGAUUUACUAUGAUGGCAUGGGCCAGGACCUGGCCGACAUCCGGGGCUCCCUAGAGCUGGCCAUGACUCACCCGGAGUUCUACUGGUAUGUGGACGAGGGCCUCUCUGCAGAAAACCUCAAGAGCUCCCUCCUGCGCAGCGAGAUCCUCUUUGGAGCACCCCUGCCCAACUACUACUCGGUGGACGAUCGCUGGGAGGAGCAGCGGGCUAAGUUUCAGAGCUUUGUGGUCACCUAUGUGGCCAUGCUGGCCAAGCAGUCCACUAGCAAAGUGCAGGUUCUGUAUGGGGGGACGGACCUCUUUGACUAUGAGGUUCGCAGAACCUUCAACAAUGACAUGCUCCUGGCCUUCGUCAGCAGCAGCUGCAUUGCCGCCCUUGUCUACAUUCUCACCUCCUGUUCAGUGUUCCUGUCCUUCUUCGGAAUCGCCAGCAUUGGCCUCAGCUGCCUGGUGGCACUCUUCCUGUACCAUGUGGUCUUUGGUAUCCAGUACUUGGGCAUCCUCAAUGGGGUGGCUGCCUUUGUGAUAGUGGGCAUUGGCGUGGACGAUGUCUUUGUAUUCAUCAACACCUACCGCCAGGCCACCCACCUGGAAGACCCGCAGCUGCGGAUGAUCCAUACCAUCCAGACGGCGGGCAAGGCAACCUUCUUCACCUCCCUGACCACGGCUGCCGCCUAUGCAGCUAACGUCUUCUCCCAGAUCCCGGCCGUCCACGACUUCGGCCUGUUCAUGUCUCUCAUCGUGUCCUGCUGCUGGCUGGCUGUGCUCUUCACCAUGCCUGCUGCCCUGGGCAUCUGGAGCCUUUAUAUGGCGCCGCUGGAGAGUGCCUGCCAGACCAGCUGCCACCAGAAGUGUGGCUGCAGGAGCUCCCUGCACUUCCCCGGGGAUGUGUUUGCUGCUGCUGAGCGGGCUGGGGGCAGCCCUGCUCAGGGCCCCAUGCCCUACCUGGAUGAUGACAUCCCCUUGCUCAAUGUGGAGGAGGAGCCAGUGUCGCUGGAGCUGGGAGACGCGUCCCUGGUGUCUGUGCCCCCCAAGGGCCUGCAGCCAGCCCCCGAUGGGGGCAGCCGGGGGCAACUCAUCGCCCAGCUGCAGGAGCUGCUGCACCACUGGGUCCUGUGGUCGGCCGUCAAGAGCCGUUGGGUGAUUGUGGGGCUCUUCGUCUCCAUCCUCAUCCUGUCCCUGGUGUUCGCCAGCCGGCUCCGCCCCGCCAGCCGGGCCCCGCUGCUCUUCCGGCCGGAUACCAACAUCCAGGUGCUGCUGGAUCUCAAGUACAACUUGAGCGCCGAGGGCAUCUCCUGCAUCACCUGUUCAGGUCUGUUCCAGGAGAAGCCCCACAGCCUGCAGAACAACAUCCGGACGUCCCUGGAGAAGAAGAAGCGGGGUUCAGGGGUGUCCUGGGCCAGCCGGCCUGAGGCCGCCCUACAGGACUCCCUGGGCACUGUGUACAUCUCCAAGGUGAAGAGCAAAGGCCACCCGGCUGUCUACAGGUUCUCCCUCAACGCCAGCCUGCCCGGCCCUUGGCAGACCGUGUCCUCUGGGGACGGGGAGGUGCCCUCCUUCCAGGUGUAUAGAGCGCCUUUUGGUAACUUCACCAAGAAGCUGACCGCUUGUAUGUCUACAGUAGGGCUGCUCCAGGCGGCGAGCCCCUCCGGCAAAUGGAUGGUGACGACCUUGGCCUGCGACACCAAGCGGGGCUGGAAGUUUGACUUCAGCUUCUACGUGGCCGCCAAGGAGCAGCAGCACAGCCGGAAGCUGUACUUUGCCCAGUCCCACAAGCCCCCUUUCCACGGGCGUGUGUGUGCAGCCCCUCCUGGCUGCCUGCUCGGCUCCAGCCCCGAUGGGCCGACCAAAGGCUUCUUCUACGUGCCCAGUGAGAAAGCGCCCAAGGCCCGCCCCUCUGCCACCUUCGGCUUCAACCCCUGCGUGAACACGGGCUGCGGGAAGCCGGCGGUGCGGCCGCUCGUGGACACGGGGGCCAUGGUCUUCGUGGUCUUUGGCAUCGUUGGCAUCAACCGCACGCAGCAGGUGGACAACCAUGUCAUCGGAGACCCGGGCAGCGUCAUCUACGACAGCAGCUUUGACCUCUUCAAAGAAAUCGGGCACCUGUGUCGCCUCUGCAAGGCCAUCGCGGGGAACUCGGAGCUGGUGAAGCCAGGCGGGGCCCAGUGCCUGCCCUCAGGCUACAGCAUCUCCUCCUUCCUGCAGAUGUUGCACCCCGAGUGCAAGGAGCUGCCUGAGCCCCACCUGCUCCCAGGGCAGCUGUCACACGGGGCCGUGGGCGUCAAGGAUGGCCGAGUGCAGUGGAUCUCCAUGGCCUUCGAGUCGACCACGUACAAGGGCAAGUCCUCCUUCCAGACCUACUCGGACUACCUGCGCUGGGAGAGCUUCCUGCAGCAGCAGCUGAAGACGCUCCCCGAGGGCUCAGCCCUGCACCGCGGCUUCCAGACCUGUGAGCACUGGAAGCAGAUUUUCAUGGAGAUCAUAGGGGUGCAAAGCGCCCUGUACGGCCUGGCGCUCUCCUUGCUCAUCUGCGUGGCCGCGGUGGCCGUGUUCACCACCCACGUGCUGCUCCUGCUGCCCGUGCUGCUGAGCAUCUUGGGCAGCGUCUGCCUCGUGGUGACCAUCAUGUACUGGAGCGGCUGGGAGAUGGGCGCCGUGGAAGCCAUCUCACUGUCCAUCCUUGUCGGCUCCUCGGUGGAUUACUGCGUGCAUCUGGUUGAGGGCUAUCUGCUGGCCGGAGAGAACCUGCCCCCGCAGCAGGCCGAGGAUGCCCACUCGCAGCGCCAGUGGCGGACGCUGGAGGCUGUGCGGCAUGUGGGCGUGGCCAUCGUCUCCAGCGCCCUCACCACAGUCAUCGCCACGGUGCCCCUCUUCUUCUGCAUCAUCGCCCCGUUUGCCAAGUUUGGCAAGAUCGUCGCACUCAACACUGGAGUCUCCAUCCUGUACACGCUCACGGUCAGCACAGCCCUGCUCGGCAUCAUGGCACCCGGCUCCUUCACCCGGACAAGGACUUCCUUCCUCAAAGCCCUGGGUGCCGUGCUCCUGGCAGGGGCCCUGGGGCUGGGCGCCUGCCUGCUGCUCCUCCAGAGCGGCUAUAAGAUCCCCCUGCCCGAUGGGUCCUCCCUAUAG